AUGUUGGGUUUGGAGUUUAUGACGGUUGUUGUGGUUGCAGUCCUUCUGGUUUUUGCGGUCAUAGCGGAUGCUGUGGCGGUGGCUACGGCAUGGGCGGUUGUGGAUGCGGUUGUGGACAAUUUGGUGGCUGUGGUGGCUGCUGUGGAGGUUGUGGUGGCUGCGGUGGCUGUGGUGGUGGCUGCGGAUGUUGUUGUCGCCCAACCUGCGGCUGUGGAUGUGGUAUUCAUGUCGGUUGUGGACCACGUCUCUACAAUUGUGGAAGAACCAACUGCUGUGGAUGUUGCUGUUAGAUUUCCGGUAAAUUCCUAA